UUUGCUUAAUAGUUGUUUAAGUUAUCCGCAAUUUUGCAUGACAGCGUUAUAGUUUCAGGAUUGCUGUGUGGUUUACUUUAGCUCGUUCAGUGAUGUAGCGCAAAUAAGUUUCCAGUUGUGAAUCAAACUUUACCGAGUGGAGCACAGAUUGUAUGGAUCCAGAGGAGCUACGAUGCUGCUAGCUAACGAACUCCUGAGGACAUGAUGAGCUUCCUUUUCUUACACUGAAAAGCAGCCAUAGACCGUUGAUCUGCUGAUAUGGAAGGUAGUGGAGAGACCAGUGACACUGACAGUGGUGUUAUCCUUCAUUCAGGUUCUGACAGCCCGACGAUUCAUAUGAAGGAUGUGACAACACACACGAGGGCUAUGAAGCUCAAGCAUCAGUCACUCCAGGACCGGUUAGAGCUCUGCAUAUUGGAGCUGAAGAAACUUUGUAUCCGUGAAGCUGAGUUGAUAGGCCGACUGUCUGAAGAUUACCCUCUAUUGCCAGGAGAAAAGCCUCCAGUAGUACGAAGACGCAUUGGUGCUGCAUUUAAACUGGAUAAACUGAGCAUCCCUCGAGGAACAGAGGAGACUGAAAUGAGUUUGGUGGAUACUGAGCUGGCACUUCAGAUGAAGAUAUACGAAGCAGCACGCAAGCUCUGUGAAGAAGCUCACCUAAGUAAGGCUGUUAAAAAGAGUCGAGUACAGCAGUGUAAGCAAGAAGAAAAGAAACUGAAACGCCUACAAGAAAUGGCUUUCCAGUUGCGGCUGGAACACGGCCGGUCCUCACCACUCCCUGCUUUGAAUAUUGCACAAGAUCUGUGUACUUCUGAUGACAGCUCUCUAUCAGAUUCUGCAGUGCAAGAUGAAGAUGCGACAAGCCAGUCAUCACAACCAUCCUCAAUGGUUCGCUGUCCAGGAGAGACAGAGGCUACCCAGCCAGCUUUAGAGUCCUCCAUCUCCUCCUUAGACGGCUCCUACAUGUCUCCAUCUGUGGUGCCACAAACAUUGCUGCUCACUCCAACCCAGUCUCAUCAUUCAGUAUUUGAGACUCCACUGAAUUUGACUUCUAGUCCUAUAUAUGACCCUCCUCCCAUUCAGCACUCCCCAUGGUCAGAGUCUAGUCUCGACCAGCCUUAUGAGAAGAGCAAAAAGUCCCGCUCCUCUAGCAAGACAAGCACUCCGGUCAAAAUGCAAUUGUUGCCACCACUGGAGAAGUGUUUAGGACAUGCAGCUCUGCCAGAGCAACUUUCCCAUUUGAGACUUUGCCAAUCCCAGUCAGACAGCACCCCCUCUACGCCUGAGAUCCGUGUGCACAGACACCUCUCCCUCAGGGUAUCGAACCCAGAAUCUUCAUUUGACACGCAAAAGGAACGCCGUCACAGCAGAGGACCAAGAAGGCGAUUGACGGAGUACUCAAUAACCUUAAAUGAAAAUCCUGCCAUGAUGGUGAAUUAUGGAAGCCAUGCUAGCUCUGAAGAUAGUAAUUCUGAACACUCAUUUGCAUCUUACAGCAGCUCACCAUGUCAAGAUGUGCCAUGUGAUUCACCCAAACAAUACCCAGCUGCAUUCCUGCGCUCAAGCCCAGUUGGUAUCUGUGGACCCCCAGCCUUCUUACAUUCUGGAUUUUACCAUAAUCCUCAGCACCAGUCAAGCCCCAGUUUUCCCCGCGUUUAUUACAAUGAAGAAAUGGGAUACCCAUGUGAUGCAGACAUUACACGGAGCUAUUAUGGUCAACGGAGUCCUGGUACUUCAAACAGAUAUGGCUAUUGGCAUCAAGAGGCUGCUGUACCCAUUCAGAGAGCACAAAAGCUGUUACCUCCUGAUGUCAGACGUCCACCCUCUCCAGCCAAGUGGGACCAUCCACACUACCGCGCUAAUGGUCUUCCACGACAAGUGGUGAAUGAGCAGCUGAAGUCGUGGCACCGUCGCAGUCAGCGGAGAGGACCCAGAUCCCAUUCUCUUGACAGACAAGGAGCAAUCAGUGUCAAAAACUCACCAAAUUGGGAGUCAGCCUGCCACCUAAACCAGAAGUACCAUCAACAGGUUAUCCAAAGAAGGGCUUUGGAAAGGUCUUCAGAUGACUCAUUGGAGCACUGGGCUACUGCUGAAGACAGUUCUGUAAUUGUAAGUGAAGUGUGAAAAGAUGGGACUUGGAGCUCCAACUGAUGUUAAAUAAGUGAACAAAUAAAUUUAAGUGUACAGGACAGGAACAUAUGAACUAGCUCACUAGUGAAUUUUUCAGUACAUGGAUUUGGAUUAUUUUUAUGAUUAUUAUUAUUGUUCUUAUGACAGCACAGUGGAUUAGUGGUUAGCACUGUUGCCUCACAGCAAGAAGGUCAUGGGUUCACUUCCCACCUGUGGCCUUUCUGUGUGGAGUUUGCAUGUUCUCCCUAUGUUUGUCUGGGUUCCCUCCGGGUGCUCCGGCUUUCUCCCACAUCCAAAAGACUUGCCUCUUAGGUGAAUUAAAAACUUUAAAUUGACACGGACUGCCGUGCCCUGGUGGAGGAGGCCGACAAAGUCUUGCUGGCCAGGCAGGACAGCAGCCGCACAUGAUCUAGUGGUUAAAGCGUUGGGCUUGAGACCAGAAGAUCCUCAGUUCAAAUCCUAGCCUGACUGGAAAAUCACUAAGGCCCUUGGGCAAGGUCUUUAAUCCUCCACUGG